AUCCAUUUCUCUGUCGCCUGCAUUCCCCCUCGCAGCGUCUUUCUCUCACAUCACAAUGUUUUCGUCGAGAUUAUCACGGAAUGUUUUGCCGCGUGCUGCUGCGGCGGCGCGACGCACACCCGCAUUCAGGGCUCCGCCCAUGUUUGCGCGAGGAUAUGCAGAGGGCGGCCAAGAGAAGGUCAAGGGCUCAGUCAUUGGUAUUGAUUUGGGAACUACCAACUCUGCCGUUGCCGUCAUGGAGGGCAAAGUCCCCCGCAUCAUUGAGAACUCGGAGGGUGGCCGCACAACCCCAUCUGUCGUUGGUUUCACAAAGGAGGGUGAGCGUCUAGUCGGUAUUGCCGCCAAGCGCCAGGCAGUCGUCAACCCAGAAAACACUCUCUUCGCCACCAAGCGUCUCAUCGGCCGAAAGUUCACCGAUGCUGAGGUCCAGCGCGAUAUCCAGCAAGUUCCAUACAAGAUCGUCCAGCACACCAACGGUGAUGCCUGGCUCGAGGCCCAGGGACAAAAGUACUCUCCUUCGCAGGUUGGUGGUUUCGUCCUUGGAAAGAUGAAGGAGACUGCCGAGUCCUACAUGGGCAAGAAUGUCAAGAACGCCGUCGUCACCGUCCCCGCCUACUUCAACGACUCCCAGCGUCAAGCCACCAAGGACGCCGGUCAAAUCGCUGGUCUCAACGUUCUCCGUGUCGUCAACGAACCCACUGCUGCUGCUCUCGCCUACGGUCUUGACAAGGCCACCGACAACGUCGUAGCUGUCUACGAUUUGGGUGGUGGUACUUUCGAUAUCUCCAUUCUUGAGAUUCAGGCCGGUGUCUUCGAGGUCAAGUCUACCAACGGUGACACUCACCUUGGAGGUGAGGACUUUGAUAUUACCCUCGUCCGCCACCUUGUCGACCAGUUCAAGAAGGAGCAGGGUAUCGACCUGAACAGCGACCGCAUGGCCAUUCAGCGUAUCCGUGAGGCUGCCGAGAAGGCCAAGAUUGAGCUUUCUUCUUCCUCGCAAACCGACAUCAACCUGCCUUUCAUCACUGCCGACGCUUCCGGCCCCAAGCACAUCAACACCAAGCUCAGCCGUGCUCAGCUUGAGAAGAUGAUGGACCCUCUGAUCAGCCGCACUGUCGAGCCCGUCCGCAAGGCUCUGAAGGAUGCUAACUUGAAGGCCACCGACAUCUCCGAGGUCAUCCUCGUUGGUGGUAUGACCCGUAUGCCCAAGGUCACCGAAUCCGUCAAGAGCAUCUUCGGCCGUGACCCCGCCAAGUCGGUUAACCCCGAUGAGGCUGUCGCCAUCGGUGCCGCUAUCCAGGGUGCUGUCCUUGCUGGUGAGGUUACCGACCUUCUUCUGCUCGAUGUUACCCCUCUUUCUCUCGGUAUUGAGACUCUCGGCGGUGUCUUCACUCGUCUGAUCAACCGUAACACUACCAUCCCCACCAAGAAGUCCCAGGUCUUCUCUACUGCGGCCGAUUUCCAGAGCGCCGUCGAGAUCAAGGUUUACCAGGGUGAGCGUGAGCUCGUCCGUGACAACAAGCUCCUAGGCAACUUCCAGCUUGUUGGCAUUCCACCAGCCCACCGUGGUGUACCUCAGAUCGAAGUUACCUUCGAUAUCGAUGCUGACUCUAUUGUCCACGUUCACGCAAAGGACAAGUCCACCAACAAGGACCAGUCCAUCACCAUCGCCUCUGGAUCUGGUCUCUCUGAGACCGAGAUCGAGAACAUGGUCAAGGACUCUGAGCAGUACGCUGAGCAAGACAAGGAGCGCAAGAACGCUAUCGAGGCUGCCAACCGUGCCGACAGCGUUGUCAACGACACUGAGAAGGCCCUCAAGGAAUUCGAGGACCGCCUCGACAAGGCUGAGGCUGAGAAGAUCAAGGAGAAGAUCACCUCUAUGCGUGAGUUCAUCUCCCAGAGCCAGUCUGGUGAGGGUUCCGCCACCGCCGCCGAGAUCAAGGAGAAGACCGAUGAGCUCCAGAACGCCUCUUUGAGCCUCUUCGACCAGAUGCACAAGGCCCGCUCUGAGAGCCAAAACCAGAGCGAGCAGCCUCAGCAGCCUGGUGAGGGUGAGGGCGACAAGAAGCAGUAAAUGCUUAGUUGUUGACUCUCCAUUCUGUCUUUUUCUACUAGUCACUUUAUAACGUCAAAAGUUGGCGUCUUGCAUCCGGUCACGGUCGGUUAGGUUGAGUCUACUCCUAGACUUGUACAUGUCCCGCUACGUGUUGAGCAUUCUGUAUCAUAUUCCUCCGACGAUUUCUCUUCUCCCUUUAGCGUUUGUUCUAUUACCCUUUACGAAUCCUUGGAUCAUGUCGGAGUAACGAAAGAGUGAUAUCCUUUGGCGAAAACGAGAUGAUGUGGGAAGGACUGUGUAAUUUAUGGCGAAGCCAAUGAGUGUACCAUAACCUAGAGAUGCGAGAUGGUAACGCUCAGCUUACUUCUCCGCUCUACAAUCAAUGAUUGAAAUGUUUAAA